AUGGUUCGAGAUACACUCCGAUGCACCUGCAAGAGGUACAUGCACUCUGGCUGGGUCUGCUCGCAUGUGAUUGCCUCCCUCAAACUGCUGAAAAAGCUAGAUUUGGAGCUUGCAACAGAAGUUAUCCAAGCACGGAGGUCUCCAGGCCGACCUCGAGCACCGGUUGGAGCCCGUCAACAAGAGCAGGCAUCUACCAACUUUUGGGAUCCCGAUCGGCUUGAAGCCCUUCUUACCAAAGAGCCUUACACUCCUUUGCAGUGGGCUUUCAUUACACAAGUUGACGUUCAAAAGGAAGGCCAAGCUUCUACUUUUCGCGAAGAUCGUAUUGGUCCAGUUGGCGGUGUUCGACUGUCGGAGAAAGACGGGGUUUUCGAGUGGAGCGUGGCCUUCGUUCACGGCGACGUGCAAUACUACCAAGUAGACGACUUGGUGCCCGGACUGAUACGUGCACACGAGCAGCGAAAUAUUCAGGAAUCUACUCUGUUGCCGCCACAGCCUCAAAUUGCAUUUCGAUUAGCAUUCAUGGAUACAACACAUGUACCGACUACACUCUACCAGUCCGUUCCAAAUCUAUUGAUAUGUACCACUAUUUAG